AGGACUAUUGUUUGAAAUAUUUAUGCGUUGCUUGUCUUGGGCAAGGAGGUUCACUCGGCGAGUUUUACAAUUAUUAAUAGGUAGAUUCAUAAAGAAUAAUACAAAAUAAGUUUUGUUGGCAAAAACGACGUUUUCGGGGAACCAUAGUCCAACAAAAGGUGAACAUUUUUAACCGUUCCUCCUUCUACAGAUGCCUCUUGAUGAGAAUUUCAAACAGGAUUACAAACACCCAGAUUUAGAUCGCCCAUCCGGAUGAAAAUAAAGUGAGAAAACCAGGAAACAGCGCGCUCCCUCACCUUUCGAUGCAGCCAGGAAACCAUCAGAGUAUCUUUCUCUUAGACAAAAGCAGCGAACUAUAAACACGACAAACUCUAGAGAUGCUGGAAUCUAACGCAACACGCAAAAUAUCGGAGAAACUCUGCAUGUCAGCAACAUCAAUGGAAAUAAACGGACAGUCGACCUCUCGGACCGAGGAAACGGGCAUGCGCGUUACAACUGGAAGCCCGUAAAUGCCCGGGAGUUCUAGACUUGCCGAUAUGGACGAACAACCUAAAUUUAAAAAGGGUUAUAUCCAGCGUUCGCUAUUCGUGUUUUUGAUGUUGUUAACUCUGACACUGGUCUGUCUAACCCUGCAGAAUACAAAGAGGAAAGCCUGAAAGGAGCAAAUAUCCAGCUCCAAAAAGUAAUUCCACAACACAGCAGGAAGGGACAACGGAGGAGAUCGAUUGGGUACAUGGGCUGGUGAAGAUUGGCUAUCAGUAUCACAGCUUCACUCCUGAAGAAAGAUUGGAGGGUUCAGCCCUGAUGAAACUGAUUGAAUGGCCAAAGCCUCCCAAUGCUGAAGUUCCCUUUCAGAAAAGCAGUGACCCAUCACAUACUUGCUUUGUUAUUUUAAAUUCUAGCAAGACUUUCUAUGUGGGAGAUCAGUUACAGGUGAUGGUGCGUAUGUACAAUUUUGAAGGCAAACCAAAGCAAUAUGGGGGUGACUAUCUCCAAGCCCGGAUCCACACUCCAGAGUUGAAAGCUGGUUCAGCAGGAACGGUUAUAGAUCACCAAAACGGAUUUUACUAUAUAAAUUUUAAUUUAUUCUGGGCAGGAAAAGUCCAAGUGUCUGUUUCAUUGGUUCAUCCCAGUGAAGGGAUCCAAGUACUUUGGAGACUUCGUGAAGAACAGCCAUUUAGAAUAUAUUUGACAAGUACCUUCAAAUAUGGGGCUUCUUCAGAGGAUACGAUAUGCAAUGUAUUUUUACCUCAAACUAAACCACUUUGUAACUUUACUUAUCAUAACACUGGGGAGCCGUGGAUUUGCUACAAACCAAAGAAUCUUCCCUGCUCUUCUGAUGUCAGCUAUGGAAAAGCAGGAUAUGUGAAGCUACUUUUGGCGGGGGAAGACCUCAGAUAUUUCCAAAUUGGAGUCAAUAUCAAGAGAUCCAUAUUACCCUGUGGCAUUGGUCAUGUAAUCGUGAAGCCGUCCCCACGACAAACUACAGAUCUCGGUGAAUGUGUUCGGGGGAAGCCAAUGGUAUCACCGUCUGGCUUUUAUUUUAAGAACCAGUGGACAUCAACGACCUGUAAUAUUCAUCAGUUUGACACUCCUGCAAUAAUUACAAAGUGCCUUCGUGGGAAAAAAGUGUAUCUGCUUGGAGAUUCUACAGUACGCCAGUGGUUUGAAUACCUGACUGCUUUCCUUCCAGAUCUUAGAAAGUUCAAUCUUGGCAAUCGUACUAAGGUUGGCCUUUUAUGUGCUUUGGACAAAGAAAACAAUAUCCUGCUGGAACAUCAUGCUCAUGGCCCACCAAUGCAAUUCAGAAGUCUUUCAAGUCAUCAUCUGUACUAUAUUUCAAAAACAUUGGAUGAAAUUGAAGAAAGGAAAAAUAUAGUUAUUGCCAUCACCUUAUGUGCCCAUUUCAACACUUUUCCGGUGGAUGUCUACAUCAGAAGGCUGCAGUAUAUCCGGAGAUCGAUUCUGCAGCUGCUCAGCAGGAAUCCAGAUACAGUGAUUGUUAUAAAGACUGGGAACGUACGGGAACCUAAAGCAGGUUAUAUACUUAACUACAAUGACUGGUUCUCUUAUCAACUCGAUGUAUUGAUGAGAAGAAUAUUUGCACACAUGAAUGUUGCAUUUGUGAAUGCAUGGGAAAUGACCGUAGCCCAUUACCUGCCCCACAACAUACACCCUCAACGAAUUAUUAUAAAGAAUGAAAUAGAUGUGUUUCUUUCAUAUGUGUGCCCUUCUGAUAAGGAAUAAAGGUAUUUGUUUACCAUGCAAAGCAAAAUCUACACAAUGACACUGGAAAUAGACCUAGGACAUAAACACAGAAAUCUACAGCCCAUUACAGGCCCUUCAGCCCACAAUGUUGUACUGACCAUGUAACUACACUAGAAACUGUCAAGAAUUUCCCUACCGCAUAGCCCUCUAUUUUUCUGAGCUCCAUGUAUCUAUCUAAGAAUCUCUUAAGACCUUAUUGUAUCUGCAUCUGCCACCAUUGCUAGCAGUGCAUUCCAUCAACCCACCACUCUUUGUGUGAAAAGCUUACCUCUGACAUCCCAUUAUACUUACUUCCAUGCACCUUAACACUAUGCCCCCUCGUAUUCGCCAUUUCAGCCCUGGGAAAAAGUUUCUGGCUAUCCACACGAUCAAUGUCUCUCAUCAUCUUACACACCUCUAUCAGGUCACCUCUGUCACGCUAAGGAGUAAAGGCCAAGUUCACCUAGCCUAUUCUCAUAAGGCAUGCUUCCCAGGCAACAUCCUUGUAAAUCUCUUCUGCACUCUCUCUACAGUAUCCACAUUCUUCUUGUAGUGAGGUGAUCGGAACUGAACUCUGUGGGGUCUGACUAAGGUCUUGUGUAGACAUAACAUUGCCUCACAAUCCCAUGGGUUUGCCAAUGCAUCAUAUGCCUUAACAACACUGUCAAUCUGCCCAGACCACAAGAUGUCUCUGAUCCUCCACACUGCCAAGAGACUUACCAUUAAUAUUACAUUCUGUCUUCAAAUUGACCUACCAAAAUGAACCACUUUACACUUUUCUGGAUUGAACUCCAUCUGCCACUUCUCAGCCCAGUUCUGCAUUUUAUUGAUGUCUCACUAUAGCCUCUGACAGCCCUCCAGAUGAUUCACAACACUCCCAACUUUUGUGUUGUCAGAAAACUUGUUAAUCCACCCUUCUAUUUCCUCAUCCAGGUCAAUUAUAAAAAUCACAAAGAGGAGGGGUCCCAGAACAAAUCCCUGUGGGACACCACUGGUCACCGUCCUCCAUGAAGAAUACAAACACACUGCAUUCUGUGGGAAAGAUCCACAAACAAGGUCUCCUUGGAUCCCAUGCCUCCGUACUUUCUGAAUGAGCCUUGGAUGGGUAACCUUAUCAAAUGCCUUGUUGAAAUUCAUAUAUCCGGCAUCCAUUGCUCUGCCUUCAUCAAUGUGUUUUGUUAGAUCCUCAAAAAAUUCAAUCAGGCUCCAAAGGCACAACCUGCUGACUAUCCCUAAUCAGAUUAUGUCUCUCCAAAUGCUCAUAAAUCCUGCCUGUUAGGAUCUUCUCCAACAACUUGCCCAUCACUUAAGUAAGACUGAUUGAUCUUUAGUUUCCUGGGUUAUCUCUACUCCCCUUCUCAAACAAGGGAACAACAUUUGCAACCCUUCAAUCCUCUGGUACUUCUCCUGUUCCUAUAGACAGAUCAUCACCAGACGCUCAGCAAUCUCCUCCCUCACUUCCCACAGUAGCCUUGGGUAUAUAUAAACAAGCUGGAUGGACUCAGCAGGUCGGGCAGCAUC